CAGGUUGGGUUGAGCGGCGUCCCCUUCCCUGCUCAGUGUCUGGCGGCGGCUGCGGCGCCGGUGCGGGCGGAGGGGCGCAGGGAGGGCGGCCCGUUCGCUCGCUCGCUCGCUCGCUAAGAUGGCGGCGGCGGCGGCAGCGGCGGCGGCGGCCGUGGCCCGGCUGGAGGGCCGUGAGUUCGAGUACCUGAUGAAGAAGCGCUCAGUGACCAUCGGCCGCAACUCGUCGCAGGGCUCGGUGGACGUGAGCAUGGGCCACUCCAGCUUCAUCUCCCGGCGCCACCUAGAGAUCUUCACCGCUGUCCCCCCGCCGCCGCCGGCCGGGGCGGACGGGCCGCCGCUGCCUCAGGGGGACGCCGCUGGUGGCGGGGCGGGAGGCGGCGGGGACUUCUACCUUCGCUGCCUUGGCAAAAACGGGGUCUUCGUGGACGGCGUGUUCCAGAGGCGGGGGGCGCCCCCGCUGCAGCUGCCCCGAGUAUGUACUUUCAGGUUUCCCAGCACAAACAUCAAGAUAACAUUCACAGCUCUGUCCAAUGAAAAGAGAGAAAAACAGGAGUCCCCAGAGUCUCCAGUGAAACCUGUGCAACCCCAGAUCUCUCCCUUAACAAUAAACAUUCCAGACAACAUGGCUCACCUGAUCAGCCCUCUCCCUUCUCCCACAGGAACUAUCAGUGCUGCAAAUUCGUGCCCAUCUAGCCCGCGUGGUGCAGGCUCUUCAGGGUACAAAAUGAGUCGUGUAAUGCCAUCUGACCUACAUUUAAUGGCUGACAAUUCACAGUCAGAAAACGACAAGGAAACAUCGGGUGGUGAUAGCCCAAAGGAUGACUCAAAACCACCUUAUUCCUAUGCACAACUAAUAGUACAAGCAAUUACAAUGGCACCUGAUAAGCAGCUUACACUAAAUGGAAUUUAUACGCACAUAACUAAAAACUAUCCAUACUACAGAACAGCAGACAAGGGCUGGCAGAAUUCAAUACGCCACAAUCUCUCUCUGAAUCGUUAUUUCAUCAAAGUACCACGUUCCCAGGAAGAACCAGGCAAAGGCUCAUUCUGGAGGAUAGACCCUGCCUCUGAAAGCAAAUUAAUAGAGCAGGCUUUUAGGAAAAGGCGGCCUAGGGGAGUACCUUGCUUUAGAACCCCUCUGGGACCACUCUCUUCUAGAAGUGCCCCAGCUUCUCCUAAUCAUUCUGGAGUAUUGUCUGCCCACUCCAGUGGCGUACAGACCCCAGAGAGUUUGUCAAGGGAAGGAUCUCCAGUCCCAAUGGAACCUGAGUCUAGUGCUAUCCAGCCAAAAUUAGCAGUAAUACAAGAAGCACGAUUUGCACAGAGUGCCCCAGGAUCACCUCUCUCUAGCCAACCUGUUUUAAUUACUGUACAACGGCAGCUACCACAAACUAUUAAACCCGUCACCUACACUGUUGCAACUCCUGUGACAACAUCAACAUCCCAGCAACCUGUAGUUCAGACAGUUCAUGUUGUUCACCAGAUACCAGCUGUGUCGGUCACAAAUGUGACUGGAUUAGCACCAGCAAACACUUACACUGUAGCUGGACAGGCAGUAGUUACACAAGCUGCAAUGCUAACCCAGCCCAAGGUAGAACCUCAAGAGAAUGGAGACCACAAGGAAGUAAAAGUUAAAGUGGAACCUAUACCUGCUAUUAGCCAUGCUACAAUAGGAGCUGCUAGUCGUAUCAUUCAGACAUCUCAGACCACGCCCUUACAGACAGUUACUAUAGUGCAACAGGCACCUCUAGGUCAACACCAGCUACCAAUAAAAACUGUAACGCAGAAUGGAACGCACAUAGUACCUAUCACCACAGCGAUACAAGGACAGGGAAACACUGCUGCUGCAAGUCCUUUGCAUAUGUUAGCAACCCAUGCAUCCGCAUCAGCAUCUCUUCCAACAAAACGCCAGAAUGGAGACCAGUCAGAACAACAGGAACUUAAACGUAUCAAAACAGAGGAUGGAGAAAGCAUAGUCAUAGCUGUUAAUGUGGACACCCCAUCUGUUGCAGUGAGUGAUCAAGGCAGCCAGAACUAGAAGCUCAGUGGAGUUUUUUCUUUUUCUUUGGGG